AUGCUGAACGUCUUUGUGGGAGGUGGGAGUGUCGUUUUGCCUUAUGCAUUUCGGCUGUCGGGCUGGCUGUUCGUUCCAUUGCUCCUUGCCGUUGGCGUGCUCAUGGGCUUCACCUUGUGGAUCAUGGGCUUCCUGCUCUCGGCUCUUGAUGGACAAGCCGAACAGAUGGGCAUGCCCCGGUCGCAGCGUGAUUGGGGUCUCAUCGGCUAUGCCGCGUUCGGAAAUGCCGGUCGCAUGCUCUUCGCGGGCUGCAUGUUCUUUGACCUGAGUGGUGGGGCACUGGUCCUGGUGAGCAUCGUCAUCGAGCAGCUGCCUUUCCUCCUCCCCUUUAGGCACGACGUGACUGCUGCACUCUCCUGCCUCUUGGCCUUUAGCUGCUGCCUCCUCCCAAAGAGAUUCUUCUCAGCCAUGGCGGUGCUGGGCAUGGCUUCCCAGGUCCUGCUGAUUUUGGGCCUGGUGAUCACAGGAAGUGAGCUGUCCUCACUGAAAGAGGUGGCAUCAGACCAGACGCUCUUGAAAGCGGCCGGCGUCCCUUCUGCCUUUGGCAUUGCCCUCCUCUGCUUCCUUGCGCACAGUGAGGCGCCGCUUAUCUACCAGAUGAUGGAAGACCGAACACAGUGGACAAAGGCAGUGAUCUACAGCAUGACCCUCACGGAAGCGUUCCUUUUAACCUUCGGAGUACUGGGCUAUGGCUUCUUCGGUGGCAGCGUUGCACAGUCGAUCGCGGACAACAUCGGCCGCGACCUGGACCUUCAAGUUCUUCCGGGAGGCUUGAAUGUCUUUCUUGGCGCUGUCACGAUCCUUGGGCUUAGCACCAAGCAGCUAGUGACCCUUCCUCUGUUGCUCGACGCAACUACCGACCUCUUUGGCGAACGCCUUCACUGGAAAGGCCAGCUCCUCAUGAAAGCCAUCAUCCUAAGCAUCUCCGGGGUCAUCGUGGUGCUUCUGAAAGAUGCCGUGGCCUUCAUUGGCGAUUUGGUUGGCAUCCUGCCUGCCAAUGGCGUGUGUGUCAUUUUCCCCUGCGCUGCUUUCCUGCAGAUGUAUGGGCCUGAGAUGCGCACGUGGCAGCGCAUGGGUGUUCGCGCCUUAGUAGUUCUCUUCACUUUGUAUAGCAUUUUUGGAUCUGUAUCCACUAUUCAGCAGCAGGUGAGUGCAAUGUAA